AUGUUUUAGAGAGCGCGGGACGACGACGAGGGAAAAAAAAAAAAAAAAAAAAAAAAGAAGAAAAAGAGAUAGAGAAAAAAUCGCCGGGGGAAGACGAAGAAGCUGUUUGCUCUGUCUCUGUCUGUAUCUCUACUUGCUUUCUAUCUAUCAUCAACUCAGGGUUUAGGUGGAGGUGCAGACAACACAAUGAGACCUAACACUCGAAACAAGAACAAAAGGCAAAGACCUUCCGAAACUGUUGAUUCCUCUUCUCAAAUUCUCAGAAAAAUGUACGAAGCUAAUGAUGUAACAGAGGAAGAAGUAAACCAUCUCUUCAUGAUACACAAGAAGCCACUCUGUCAAGGCUGCCGCGUCAACACCCGCGACAACCCCAACUGCUUCUGCGCCCUCGUUCCACCUCCUAACGGAACCCGCAAGUCUGGUCUCUGGCAGAAGACUUCCGAGCUCAUCCAAGCUCUUGGUCCUGAUCUCUCCUCCCACCGUCGUGCCUCUCUCUCUUCCCCCUCUGGUUUGACCAACUUGGGAGCUACUUGCUAUGCUAACAGCAUCCUCCAGUGCCUCUACAUGAACUCUGCUUUUCGGGAUGGUGUUUUCUCUCUUGAAGCUGAGGUCUUGCAGCAGCAUCCUGUCUUGGAUCAGAUUGCGAGGCUCUUUGCGCAGCUGCGUGCUAGCAACAGGUCUUUUGUUGACUCUGAUGCUUUUGUGAAGACGCUCGAGUUGGAUAAUGAGAUUCAGCAGGAUACGCAUGAGUUCUUGACUUUGCUUUUGUCCUUGCUUGAGCGUUGCUUAAGCCAUUCUGCUGUUUCCAAGGCCCAAACCAUUGUGCAACAUCUCUUCCGCGGUCGUGUCUCUCAUGUCACCUCGUGCUCAAAGUGUGGGAGGGAUUCAGAAGCUUCCUCAAAGGUGGAGGAUUUCUAUGCCCUUGAGCUGAAUGUCAAGGGUCUUAAAAGUUUGGAUGAUAGUUUGAGUGAUUACCUCAGCUUGGAGCAUCUCAAUGGGGACAAUCAGUAUUUUUGUGCGAGCUGCGAUGCUAGAGUUGACGCCACACGCUGCAUUAAGCUGCGCACACUACCUCCUGUUAUCACUUUUCAGCUCAAGCGAUGUGUUUUCCUCCCAAAGACUACUGCUAAGAAGAAAAUUACAUCCUCGUUUUCCUUUCCUCAAGUGCUGGAUAUGAGAUCGAGAUUGGCAGAGUCUUCUGAGAGUGAGUUGACAUACGAACUCUCUGCUGUCUUAAUCCACAAAGGAAGCGCUGUGAACAGUGGACAUUACGUUGCUCACAUCAAAGAUGAAAAGACUGGCUUGUGGUGGAAAUUUGACGAUGAGCAAGUGUCAGAACUGGGUACACAUCCAUUCAAUGAAUCCUCUUCUUCAACUCCAAAGUCCGAGACUAAUGUUGCCUCUAAUAGUGGGAAAAACACCACAGAGUCAGAGGUUUUCUCAUCCAGUGAUGCUUAUAUGCUGAUUUAUAGUCUUCGGUCCAGUAAACUAGAAAGUUGGGAAGGACAAAGAGAGGAUCCUAUUGACAUAACUAAAGGAGAUGUUGAUGGUGUUCAACAGCCUGAAGGUGGUUAUCUUCCGCCACAUCUCGAUGAAUGGAUCAGUGACCUGAACGCAACAUUCCUUGAGGGUUGCAAGCAAUUUGAUUUAAGAAAGGAAAGAGAAUUGAAUACUUUGACUGAAAGGAGGCAAGAAGUAAGAACAAUACUUUCAGAAGCUGCUGUUCAGUCACUUGAAGAUCAAUAUUUUUGGAUCUCCACAGAUUGGCUUCGUCUAUGGGCUGAUACCAUCUCACCACCAGCUUUGGACAACACCCCUUUACUGUGUUCCCACGGGAAAGUUCUUGCCUCAAAAAUUACUUGCAUGAAGCGUAUAUCUGAACUUGCAUGGACCAAGUUAGAAUCAAAGUUCAAUGGUGGACCAAAGUUAGGGAAAGGGGACUACUGCAGGGAAUGCCUUAUGGAUAGUGCUCGCAUGGUUGUCUCUUCUGACAGCUAUAGGGAUCGAAGAACAUUCAUGAAAAGCAUAGCAACCGAUGUUCUUUCGGGAAAGUUUGAGGACGGAGAGUAUUACGUCUCUAAAGCAUGGUUGCAGCAAUGGGUAAAAAGGAAAAACCUUGAUGCUCCCAGUGAAGCAGAUGCAGGCCCAACAAAUGCAAUCACGUGCAGUCAUGGGGGGCUGAUGCCUGAGCAAGCGCCAGGGGCCAAAAGGAUUCUAGUUCCAGAGAACUUCUGGUCAUUCCUUGUUGAAGAUGCUUUAAAAGUGACGCCAGAAGAUACUUCGGACUGUCCUUGUUUCCCUCUGGACUCCAGCCAAUGUUCUCACUGCACAUCGGAACUCUCUGAGGUUGCUGACGUCGAGGAUGCACUAAGAACAAUAAAGGCCAAGCAGCGCCAAAACCACGAGAAGUUAGCCACGGGAAAGAGCAUAGCAUUAACGCCACAAAGCCGAUAUUUCUUGUUACCUUCUCCGUGGCUAGUGCAGUGGAGAAGCUAUAUUAGCAUGACUGGAAAAAACAGUUCCUCAGUACCAGACCCUGAACUUCUUAGUGGAGUCAUUGAUACUCUCAAGUGCGAGAAGCACAAACGACUCCUAGAAAGGCUCCCUGAACUUGUCUGCAAACGUGGCUCAUUUUUUCAGAAAAAUCCAUCUACGGACAAGCUGACAAUCAUCCCUGAGGAUGAUUGGAAAUGUUUCUGUGAGGAGUGGGGAGGUAUCAUGGAGAAUGGAGUCUCUGCUUUUACUGAGACUGGUAAUAACAGGCACGGAAGUGCAUCUCAGGACGUUAUUGACCUUGAGAAGGAUAUGGACAUUGAUAGUCAGCAGCUUAUUCUUAGGACAUCCCCGGAGGUUUGUGAGGAAUGCAUAGGAGACAGAGAGAGCUAUGAGUUGAUGCAGAAGCUCAGUUACUCUGAAGGAGAAGUAUCUGUCAGCUUGGUGCGCGGAAAGGAAGCUCCAAAGUCAAUGUUAGAGGCAUCUGACUCCGGCUUGGAGGUGGACCGGCGUACCUCAAAGCGGUCACGGAGAACAAACUAUGGGAAGCAGACCAGCUUAAAAGUUUCUGCAACAACGACUGUGUACAACUUAAAGAUGAUGAUAUGGCAAUUACUUGGGGUGAUGAAAGAGAACCAAGAACUUCACAAAGGCACACAAGUGAUUGAUCAGGAAUCUGCAACUCUUGCAGACAUGAAUAUAUUCCCUGGCGACAAGCUUUGGGUGAGAGAUACCGAGAUUCACGAACACCGCGACAUUGCUGAUGAGAUAUGCGAUAAGAAGAUGGGGCAUCAAGAUAUCGAAGCAGGGUUUCGCGGGACGCUUUUGACGGGAGAUAUCACUUCUGAAGCCCGUUAGUAGCUCUUAAGUUAGUUGUGCAGCAGGUGUAUGGAUGGCAGUUUUUUUUGAAGUUUUACUUUGUGGCAAAGAUUUGGUGAAAGCUGCAAAUUCGUAGACGUUUUAAGGCAUAUUGCGGAUGGAUAUUUGAAGCUACUCGGCGUUUUUUUUGUGUUUUAGUGUAUCGUUUAUCUAAAUGUGCUUAAUCAUCCAAUUUGUGUUGCAAAACUCUUCAAUGUCGAUGAUCAGAUCAAAUCAUCAGAAUAACUACAAGCUAAAAUUGCUACUAUAGUUUUUGUAAGCAUAUGCAUAAAAGUGAACAAGAA